AUGGCGGCACUAAACAUCGCCAAGAUUGUGCUGGACAAAGACAGCUGGGAGAACAUCCCUCCGAUGGUGUUCAAAUCGUUCCAAGCCACGGCUGCCAACAUGAAUGGUAUCAAGAAGUGGGCAGAUGUGUAUGAAGGGCGAGCCAAGAGUCAGAGCGAGUCCAUGAGCAAGUACGAGGAGAAGUUGGCAAUGCUGGAGCGAAACCUGGGAGUGUUGCAGGAACGUUCAGAAGCCAUCACACAGAACAUGACCGCGGCCUCUGAGCUGGGAAGGCAACAAGCCAUGACCUGCGCUGGUGGGUUUCAGCGCAUGGAACGGUGCGUUGCGGUGAUGUUCAAGCAUUUCGGCCGGACCUUUGGGGUGGAGAUGGAUUUGCCUGGGCGACAGGAUUGGGCAGGUGCUGGAAAGCCACACGAGGAGGUGCUGACAGAGGAUGCAGACCUUCCACCUGGAGUCGCCAUCAUGCAGACCAGCGGAAUGCGUUUGGAGAAGGAGCUCGACACAUUGGAACUUGCUUUCCACCGAUGGGAUGCAAUGCAAGCCGAAGACCGCGAACGGCAUCAAUCUGUUCAUGCUUCAAUUGAGGAAUUGCGCAGUGUUGCCGAACGGUCGAGCGAAAGGAUACUUUCGUGGCGGGAACUUCUCAAGGAAAGCUCUCAUGCCAUAGAUUCGUUGGGUGGCGCACUCGCUCAGAUGCAGACGGCCGUGCAGGAGCUACAUGCAACUCGCGUUCAACACCAUGACGUGGAGUCCGCAGUGCGACAGAAGGGCGAGGAGCUAGAAAGCCUGCACAGAUUGACCGAGCAGAGCAUGGACAAGCUUUACCAUCGUGUGGAGGAGCACGUAUCAGAAGUACAACGCCUCAUAUUGGAGAUCAGCCGACAAACUGAUGAACGAAUUGAAGAUCACAGCAACCAGGUUGCGAAGAUGGUUGAGGGACACAUGAACCCCCUCAACGCGUACUUGAACACGAUGCAUGUCAAGACUGACGUGAUGAGAGUCGACAUUGACAAGCUGAGAGACCAGGCCCCGCGGUUGGUGUCCAAAAUCGAAGAAAUCAUGAACAGGCUGACCGAUGUUGAUGAGGAGCAUAAGUCCAAGGGCUCCGAACUCGAUUCGGCCAUUGACGGGUUAUCAAACCAGAUGGCUUCACAUGUCCAGCGUUAUGAUGAGCAGCACACUGGCUUGAGCAUGCUGCUGAAGGACAUGUCCGACAGUCUGGACACACGAAUCGCAGAAAUACGGGUUUGUGCUGAACGCACAGCAGAGUCUUUGGAACUGGUGAAGCGAGAGGAUCUGAGUGGCUUGGCAAGAGAACUCCUUACUCUUGAUCAGAAGGUUGCAAAGUGGGUCCACGCCACUCCGUUGCCAGCGAAGAUCAGCGAGGCUCGCUUGUACUCCCUGGAAGCUCGCCUUGCCGAUGAGAUGGAUGCAAGGCUCGCCCUGGAGAGCAAGGUUCGAAGACACGGCCCGCUGACGCCACGCAUGACCAGGAGCGAAGACUCGGAUUUGGCAAUCGGCUCGGUAAGCACUGUGGAUGAGCUUCCACUUUUGGGGCCUUGA